CUGUCCCUAAACCUGCUGGGUUCUGGUGCGGAUGUUCCUGUAUCUCCUUCUUGAUGGAAUGAGGUUAAACAGUUUGUAACUGGGAGUUAAUGAUGUUGUGAGCUCUACACAGAUAUCUGCUGUGGUGAAGGUGUUCAAUGGCAGGUGGUUGGUUGCCAGUGAUGCGUUGGGCUGUUUGGACCAGCCUUUAGAAUCCCUUAAAAAAAUAAUUAUUUGUAAUGAAUCUUUCAUUGAACUGAUUUCCCAUCCUGCUUUAUGUAUUAUAUUACUGUAGUUAGCUGUAAAAUAGUAAUACCAAUAUGGCGUCUUUUGCUGCUUGAUAACGGAGCGACUUGCUUGUGUCAGAUUUGUAAAUCAGCUCAGUUCAUUUGACCACAUAAUUAAACUCCUGUAACUGCUAUAAUAUGUGCGUUUUGCACGCAGGAUACACACUUGGUUGUUUUUUGUGUGAAUGCCACAUUAUACAGAUUCGAUUAUAGAAUUCAGCUACAAUCGCUAGUAGUGUAAAAAAUAAAAUAAAAUAAAAAAGAUUUUAAAAAAGAUUAAAAAAAACACUUUCUCAGAAUUUAAAUUAAUUAACCACGAAAAAGUAAAGAAGAUAAAUUUCGUUUUAAUCACGUUUUAGUAAACAAUAUAACCAUAAUAUUAGACCAUUCUCUGAUAAUAAAAAAAUAAUACUUGAAAGUAAAUCGUUUGUAAACCUUAACUGUUUUUUUUUUAUUCAUUUAAAGAGCAAGGUUUAUUCAGUCAAUAAAUGCAUUCGGCUUUUCGAUUGCAGAGAUAUAAAACGAGCUUUUAAUUGAUAAUUCAAGGACCGAGCACAGUGACACAGAAAAGCGCGAGGACAGUGUAGUUAUGCGACCGUUUUCUGCCCUGCAUCUGUUUUUAUCCUGCUGGAGAUGCGAUCAGCAGAACAUCUCUGUUGUAUUUGCUUCUUUAUUGAACGCAAACCCUGUUUUUUGUUUCAUCUAUCCACGGACAGACGUGUUUUUUGUGUGUCAUUGAGUGAGUGAACUGCGUUUCUUUGUGUGAACGAGAGCAGAGAAAGGUGAAAGCUGGUUUGGAUCUGAGGUCAAAAGUUCAUUGCAGAAAACAUCGCCUUCCCCAAAUAAUCACGAAGUUUGAGGAGUCUCCUUCCUCUGCCAUCAUUUUUCAAGUGUCGGGGUUUAUUGAAUUGUGCAUGAUGAGCAAACAACAAACAGUUGUGCAUUUUAAUGAACUGUAUCCAAAAAAAUAAGAAUACGCAUAUUAGGUCAGAUUAAAAUUGAAUGAAUGUGUUGAUCACUAUUAAUGAUCACAAUUUAAAACCACCAAUCAGCUUUCGUGAAGGCUGCAGUAUUCAACCCAAUUCGUGAGAUUUUAUUUAUUUGAUUUGUUUCUUACUGGUGCACGAGAACCUUUUAGAAAAGACGAUCUAUAAUACCAGUAUACCUCUCUAUAAUUCUAAUCAUAAACAUAUUACCAACAUACCAAAAUAUUGUUUAAAAUCACAUGACAAUAGUGAAAAUUUACGUAUUUAUUAACCGGCAAAAAACAACAUAAAUGCUUAUGUUUUUUUGUCUUUCGGAAAUAAAAUAAUGAUUCAUUCUGAUAUAUUUUUUACAAUAUCGAAUAAUUCAAAAUGAUUUCAUAUGGAGAUUAAUAACACUGUCAAUCCCGAAUGUGUUUUUAAUAAUCACAAACAUUUGAUUUGAAAAUCAUGUGAACACUGUCGCCGUACAACAGAUUCACAAACAACGGAAUAUUAAACCUCAUUAUUUUAAAUAAUAAAAAACUACAAAAUUUAAAGUAUACCUAGAAUAUCUUAUACUAGCUGCAUGUAUAAACUUAUUCAUUUGCCAAACUCAUUAGCGACCAGGUAUUGAUUUAGAUCACUCAGUAAAAUACAGCAUGAACGUCCACCCGCUCUGCUGUCAAAUAACCGGAAGCGCUGGCUGAUGAGUGAAAUUGAUUUGUUCAAUAUUGUUUGAUUAAAAGGUCUAUAUCUUUUGUUUUAGAAAAUUUAGAACAUAAAGAAGAAGUUUGCAUUCGGCCGCAUUUGCAUGAGAACGCAUUUUGAAACAUUGCAAUUACAUUUCGAUUACGACUUAAAAAAAAAACUCUACAGUUAAUCAUUGCAUACUAUAUUUAAGAAUUACAUUGUCAAAAAAAUGUGUUGGGGAGAUUCUACAGAAUACACCAAUCCUGUCUCUUUUUUAAAAAACCCAGACAAUGGACAUUUGCACGCGCCCAAACAGGAUGCGAGUUACUGUCCAGUACUGACCACAGCGAGUUAAAUAUCAUAUGGAGAAGACUUUUAAUUAGUCUGAUUGCUCGUGCUGUAAAAGAAAUCAACGCACAAUAACAGACAAAACAGUAAAACAAUCAAGUCAUCAUUCUGCAGGAGAAAAGUUGUUUUAUUUCAAAUAAACAAUACAGUGUUUAUCUAGAAUAUUGUUAGCUUGAUUUUGAAUAUGGAGGUGUAGAUGAGGGAUAUAUUUACAGAUAAACACGGAGAUAAAUAUCUCCAUCUGGACAGAUUGGCAGAUCCCAGGGCUCUGACCUCGAGCAGGGAGAGCGUUUACAUUUUUAUAUGUCCAGAUUUUAACCUUGUAUAAAACAUUUCAGAUCAUUAGAAAGCAAUAAUAAAUAGAAUGUAUAGAAUGAAGAAAACCAAACAAACGAAUAAAUGAAGGAAACUUGUAAACAGUUCACUCAGUACAGCAUAACCAGAGAAAUAUUUAUAGAAUAGCAUAAUAUAAAGAAGCCAAAUCUGAAAAUGUACAUACUCAACGAUUAGUAAUGUAAUAAAGAUCUCGUGUAUUUAAUUUGAAUACUGUAAACCAUUGUUUUGGUCAACACAAAACAGCAUUUCACUUUCUUUGUUCGAUUGAAUGCAUAUUUUAUAUUCAUUUCCCCCAUCUUCAUUAUGCGAUAAAAAAACUUUUUUUUUUUGAAUCCUGAUAUUAAAUAUCUCCUGCAGUAGUUCCAUUUGGAGAAGUAAUUCCGACCUCGGGGUUGAAAGCUGGGUCACUGCGUCUAACUAAUAUGAAAAUGGCUUUUAUUUCAGAGAUCACGCCGUGUUAUUUAACAAAGACUGUCAGUGAGAAAGAUUAAUCAGACACAAAAUGGAAAUUGGGUCAUGGAGGGGUCAGGCCAGAAGUUGGUGGUGAUUAGCUCCACAUUUCGGAGUGCUGCACACGGUGGGGUCCAGUGAUCUUCCAAGAAUCCACGCAGGUGGAACAGUUACGCAGACUUUAAUAGGGUUCAACUUUAUGCAUUCUGUAUAAUUUUAUUUAAAGACAAUCAACAGAUGAAAAAACAUACUGAAAAGCUACAAUAAAACAAUCAUCAUGAAAUCCAUUGUAAUUAACAAACAACAGCAAACAGAUGUUGGGAAUGCCUGGCACCAAUAUUGGUGCCAUUGCUUGUGCUUAUUCAUCUUCUCGACGUUCUAUUACUUAACAUUCAUCACGUGAUUGUGGGUUUUUUUUUGAAAAACGUCAAAAAAUGACCUCAAUACAGUCCAAGCAAAGCAAAAGUAUCAGUUAUUUUAAAGAAAUGACGACGAAAUAUAAUUCUGCAUCUUUAAACGAUGAGCUCAAAAUGUAAACCGGAAGAAAGUGUUCAUAAGUCUGUAAUUAAGGGUCGAAAUGGUGUUUGUUAUGGAGGAUGGAGGAUGAUAUAUGAAUACACCAUGUUUCUCUGUUGAGUUCAAAAUCAACCUUUAGAGGUCUUGUUUAUUCAAAGGACCGUUAGACCCCCGGAUGCACUCUAGUGCAGGUGUUUGCUGGUGUAAAUACCUUCAUAUUUAUUCAGUAUUGUUCCAUUAGUUUUAUUCACAGAUUACAGUUGAUCAGAUUUUUAUUUUAUUUUUUAAUUUGAAUUAAUUUAGAACAAAUAAUGUUUUAACCCUAUUAUCAAUUCCUCAUUGGAGAAACUAGAAAUAACCAAAGCAUCCUCUUUUAUGAGUUAUUUGUUUUUGGGAUAUUUAUGAACACAAUUCUUGAAUUUCUAGAAGAAAAAAAAAGGUCCGUCCGUCAAAUUGGCGUUGUGCUCAGUCUUAGCUUGCUAUUGGUGCUUGUUUACCCGGCACCCACGGAACACUAUGAUUGGUCAUUUAUAUCACGUGACUAGACAAGUUCGUACAUUUGACAGAGAGAGUAGGUUUUUUUUUAACGAGAUCAGGAAAAAGACAGUGCGAUUAAAAAUAGAAUUGUUGCCCUUCCCAAAUUAAUGACCAUGAGUUCCUACUUGAUCAAUUCGAACUACAUCGAACCCUCUUUCCCGCCCUGCGAAGAAUAUGAAGACAACAGCUACAUCUCCGUCUCAUCCGACUACUACGAGCAACCGAAAGAACCAGGAUUCUCCCACCACGAAGGGGCAACAUACCAGCGCUCCAGCUACCAAGACCCGACCUAUGAUUAUGGAAACGUUGCAACUAACAGCAUCGUCGAUUUCAAUGAUCGGCUUCCAAUCCAACCAAGGUCUGUUCAACAAAACCAUGAAUCCCACCUGAGCACCGAGGACUGCACAACGACGGCGAGUUCCAUACUCGCCCCUGAAGCUCAUCCCGACCCCCAGAAGGGAAAGGUGCCGGUAGUGUAUCCGUGGAUGAAAAAAGUUCACGUUAACUCGAUGACCGCUAACUACGCUGGAGGAGUGCCUAAGAGGUCUCGCACCGCCUACACACGCCAGCAAGCUCUCGAGCUCGAGAAGGAGUUUCACUUCAACCGGUACCUGACCCGCCGACGGCGCGUGGAGAUAGCACACACCAUGUGUCUGUCUGAGCGACAGGUCAAAAUCUGGUUCCAGAACCGACGCAUGAAGUGGAAGAAGGACCACAAACUGCCCAACACGAAGAUCCGUUCUAGCAGCUCAUCUUCCUCCAGCCAUCAAGUGAAAACAGACGCGGACCAGCAACAGCAGACAUUACUGCCCACUCCAUGUUCGUUAAGUCUUUAGUGGUGGGCGACAGAAUCCAGAGCAGUAUUCGGACUAACAUCAGUGUUACUUUCUAUUUAAUAUUGAAGGAGAGGGGGGGUGUUGAAAUUUGCCUCCCCCCAUUCACAUUGAUACAUUUGACACCUCUGUUUACAGAUGUUUUGAACUGGAGAAUCCACCCAUCUAACGGGUAGACCCCUUUGAUUUUUUUCUUUUCUAGAAUAAUGAAUGAGCUUAAGCAAUGGAUGUUAGAUCAUGUCCGCCAUUAUAAACAGGGAAGUCUAAAUCUUUCAUUUGGACCAAGAGUUCUCCUCGUGGAGAUGGCGCGUGCAGAAAAGAAAGCACACAAAAACAUAGGAAUAAUCUCAUUCUAAAAACACAAUGCGUCCAAGUAGUGUUUGUUAGUCGUGUGUGUGUGUCUUUGUGUGUGUAUUGUGUUUGUCAUCCAAGCUGUGAAUAAUCGUGUAGUGGAUUCUAAUGCAAUGCUGUAGCAUUUAAAGUGACUGUAUUAUGAAAUGAAUAAAUGCGUUUAUUGUCA